AGAACUACUACUUGAGUUGUUUAGAUUGAGCAUUUAAGAACAUGCGAUCUUCCUGUUGUCAAUCGACCUUUUCUUCUUUGGUACCCAUCUCAUUGCCAACCCAUCAACCACUCGUUUGAAACCAAACGUUUAACUGGAAAUAUUUUCCGUUGAACCAUCACCACUCGUUCAAAAUAAAUUAAAGUGCUCAAGAUGCGCGCUUCAUUCAUUACUGUCGCCAUGGCCGCUGUCGCCGCCCAGGCCGCUCCUUCAGUCAUCGAGGCCCGCGAUGACGUCGCGCCCACUGACUCCGCGGCUGCCCCCGCCGCAUCCUCCGUCAUCCCCGCCGCCUGCACACCCACCCCAGGCAUCGACAUUGUCGCUGCUUACGACAAGGCUUUUGAGUUUCAGAAGGCGUACCUGUUUGACAAGAACAACAAUGAGACGUUCAAGUACUAUUCUGCUGACUUCAAGAGCAACUGGCGUUUCGGAUCCUACACCAGGGACGAAUACUGGGCCACGCAGGGGGUCCAAACCUGGAUGGCGGUGUCGAGCUAUCCGACGGAGUCCUAUUUUAAGAAUGACACGCUGCACGUCGCGUACGACUUGGGCGUCAACAGGACCGGUCAUGCAGGUGACAACUUUGUCUGGAAGGAUGGCUGCGUUAUCUCGCAAGAGCAGACGCGCAGCUAAACAGGUAGACCAGGGGCAUACUAUUCUGGUAAAGUCAGCCCGAGGAAACGAAUUGUCAAAACAUCCCGUCACUAUCCUGGGUAUUUCACAUCUGUAGGAUAGGUAGGGUGUGUUUACUUCUUUAGUUGUAUAUUAGUUUAUGAUGGAAUGAGAAUAUCUACACAAGCCUCGAG